GUUCCUGCUAGCGAGCUGGUCAUGAGGGCACAGGGCAAUGUUUAUCAUCUUAAGUGUUUUACAUGCUCUACCUGCCGGAAUCGCCUGGUCCCAGGAGAUCGGUUUCACUACAUCAAUGGCAGUUUAUUUUGUGAACAUGAUAGACCUACAGCUCUCAUCAAUGGCCAUUUGAAUUCACUUCAGAGUAAUCCACUACUGCCAGACCAGAAGGUCUGCUAAAAGGUCAGAGUAAUGCAGAAUGCGUGCCUUCAUCUCAAAUUUUGUUCAUCACAGAUGGAUCCCAUGUCUCCAAGUAGACAAGUCACCUUUGUAGCUAGCAUCAGUGCCAGCUCCAUGCCAUUGCACCUUCUUUAUUCUUGAUUGCCCUUCCCACAUUUAUUGGUGUAUUAAAAUGACUGAAUAUGAACCU